AUGCAUUUCAUACACCUAUUUUUAGUAUUUUCUCUUGAAUUGAUUAUCAAUGGACAAGAAGAAAAUAGUUCUAAUAAUCAAACAUCACCAUGGAGUUGUUAUUUAACAAGUGAACGUCGAUUAGAAUGUCGGAAUUUAUUUAAUUUUUAUUUAUCAUCUAAAAGUUUAUGUGCAAACGAUUAUCAUUUAUUACUUCGUCAAAAUAUUGAUGAGAUAAAUAUUUUCAAUGAUUAUAAUUGUCUUGAUCAUGAAUAUCAAUGUUAUUUUGAAUUCGACUCAACAUGGUCAAUGUGUUUAAAUUCAUUAAGAAAAUUAACAAUACAAAAUUUAAGUUUUAUUGUACGUCUUCAUAAUUCAAGACGUUUAUUACCUAUUGAUUAUCUUAAAAUUGUUAAUACGCAUGGCAGUGUUACAGAAUUUUUACAUUUAUUUCAAUUUUCAAAUCGUUCAAGUAUUUAUAUACAAAAUGUUUUUCCACGAUGGUCAGGAAUGGAUCUUUAUUCAUUUUUUUCUCAAUAUCAAUACAUUAAACUUAAACAAUUAUGGAUUAAUGUUGUCGAUUGGUAUCCAAUUAAUUAUAUGAGACAAGAUCAACAACUAGCCGUUCGACAAUGGUUAUUACAAAUUCGAUGUCUUCAUAUUGAAUUAGGUGAUUGUACAUUAUAUCAUUAUGAUAUGCUAUUUUUACGUGAUUUAUUUGGAUAUAGACAAGAAAAUCCAAAUGAAUUAUAUUGUUAUACAAAUCAUGGUGCAAAUCGUUUUCAUUGGUCACAAUUACCUGCGUUAUAUUAUAAUUAUAAAAUACCAAAACGACCUUCACCUAAUAUAUUUCUAUCAACAGAAUUAUUUGAAAAUUGUUUUGAUCAAUUUACAAAAGAACGAUAUACAAUUAAUUCAUAUACAGAUCUUCUAGAAUUUUAUUCUUAUUUUCGUGUAUUUGAAUCUUAUUCAAUACCAAUAUGGACAAUAUAUCCAUAUGCAACAUUAGCAAAUUUACCAAUAAGUACAACAAAAAUAACACCAACAACAUUCGCUAAUAAUUAUACAUCAGCUUUAUCUAGAAUCGAUUAUAUAAAUUUAUAUGAAUAUGCAUUUGCAUUUAAUGAAACACGUUGGUUAUCAUCAGUUGAAGCAUAUCCUGAUGGAAGAUUUAUAAUAAUUGAUAAUGGUAAUCAACAAUUAUUGUUACUUAAUGCAAAUGGUUCAUAUCGUAUUGAUUUAACAUCAAUAUUUUUUCGUCAAAUUGAAUUAUCAACAAAUGAGGUAGAUUCAUCACCAACUAUUCAUAAUUCUUAUUCAUUAGCACAUAUACAUAUUGAUCAAGAUAGUUAUGUAUAUUUAAUUCCAACACUUGCUUAUUAUAUUUAUAUAUUUUCUCAUGAAAAUCGUCUUGUACGUUGUCUUACACCACGAAUAUUAGGUAUAUCUGUAAUGCGUAGUGAUUGUUUAUCUGUAACUAAUACAGGUUUAAUAUAUGCAUGUGAUGAUACAUAUCGAACAAUAAGAGUUUAUUCACGUAUGGGUAUACCACAUAAGACAAUACGUUUAGAUUUUUUACCAUAUAAAUUAUUUAUAAGUAAUAAUAGAAUAUUUACUUAUUCACUUGAACAAACAGCUACUAUUCAUAUAUAUACAUUAGCUGGUUUACCGAUUCGAAAAAUAACAAUAUGUUCGUAUAAUUUACCAUCAGAAGUUAUUUGGUUUCGAGGUAAAUAUUUUUUAACAUGUGGCACAUUUCUAUACGUUCUCGAUGAACAAGGAGAUUAUAUAGCUGAAUAUAGUCUUCAUACAAUACUUGAUUAUUCGAAUACAUCGGUGAUAAUUCAUGAUUUUGCACUUAAUGAAAAUGGGGUUUUUAUCGUUACAUUUCGUCGUAAUGGGACAUUAUUUAAUCGCUAUUGGGUUCUUCGGCCAAUGACUUUUUAA